AUGAUGGCUGGAGAAAGGAAUAAUACAGCCGUCAUCAAAUUCAUCCUUUGGGGGUUUUCAGAUUUCCCCAGGCUCAGGGUCACUCUUUUCACAGCAUUCUUGGGGACUUACCUCUCCACAGUGGUGUGGAACCUGGGACUCGUCAUCCUGGUCAGGAUGGAUUCCCACCUGCACACUCCCAUGUACUUCUUCCUCAGCAACCUGUCCUUCUUAGAUCUCUGCUAUGUCACUUGCACAAACCCCAAGAUGCUCUCAGACUUCUUCCAGAAGCCCAGGUCCAUCUCCUUCAUGGGGUGCACCACGCAGUAUUUCUUCUUCUCCAGCCUGGGCCUGACUGAGUGCUGUCUGCUGGCUGCCAUGGCUUUUGAUCGCUACGCUGCCAUUUGUAAGCCUCUGCUGUACACGGCCGUCAUGUCCCCUGCCCUCUGUGUGCAGAUGGUGGUUGGAGCCUACAUAACCGGAUCCUUUGGUUCACUGAUCCAACUCUGUGCUUUACUUCAGCUCAAUUUCUGUGGGCCAAAUAUUGUCAACCACUUCUUUUGUGACCUGCCUCAGUUACUGGUCCUGUCCUGCUCUGAAACCAUCGUCCUACAAGUCAUGAAGUUUGUGAUCGCCGUGGUUUUCGGUGUGACAUCUGUCUUAGUUAUCAUGGUCUCCUAUGGGUACAUCAUUGUUACCAUCUUGAAGAUUAGCUCAGUGGAAGGCAGGUCCAAGGCCUUCAACACCUGUGCUUCUCACCUGACGGUGGUCACCCUGUUCUUUGGAUCAGGACUUUUUGUCUAUAUGCAUCCCAGCUCCGGUAGUUCACUGGGCUCUGACAGGAUGGCAUCAGUCUUGUAUACAGUGGUGAUUCCCAUGCUGAAUCCUUUGAUUUAUAGUCUGAGGAACAAGGAAAUCAAAGAUGCCCUUAAGAGGUGUAGGAUGAAGCGAGUAUUUUCCCAUUGCCACUGUUAA